AACCCAUUUAAACCCCAGGAUUGUCGGAGAUGGAGAGGAUUAUUCGCGAUCAGAUGGGGCUGAGGACUUUGGUGAACAUCCCUACCCGUGAAGGAGGGCUCACCAACGUAUGCCAGAGUUUCCAGACAGAGAGGGGAAAUCUCUUUGUCAAGAUGAACACCUUGAGCCAGACAAGGACGAUGUUCGAAGGCGAGAAGGCGGGCUUGGAGGCCAUUAUAGCCACGGGAACGGUUCCAUGUCCGAGUCCUAACGACAUCUAUGACAACGGUGAUGGCCCGGGGUCUAUCUUCGUUAUGGAACAUCUUGAUCUCAGAGAUCUAGACCAGCAGGGUGCAGCGUUGGGUGAAGCUGUCGCAAGGUAA